AUGCCUCAUAUCCAAAGUGCGAAAAACGGCCAGGUGCUUGGUGGCGGAUCACUGGAAGGGGACGAAUUAAGUUUUGUUUGUAAUAAACACUACGUGUUGGUUGGGGAAAAAGCUCUUCGAUGUAAAAGCAGUGGUAAAUGGAACGCCUCAGAACCAAAGUGUAAAGAUUGUAAUAAAAUCUGUACAACUGGGAAGCUGGAUACAACAUGCGAUGCUUGUAUUUGUGACGAUAACACACUAACUGGAGUGGUCAAAGACAACACCGGUAUUCUCUUAGAGAAUGCAACCAUUGCUCUUGCAGAGUUUCCGUUUAAAGUAUCAGGAAGUACGGGUGUUUCUGGGAAAUUCGUAUUGCAAGGAUUCUGUAUUUCAGAGGACAACAUCAUCGUUAGCAGAAAAGGCUAUCUACCACAAACAAUUAGAACGACAAAAGUUAGCCCUACUGCAGCAGUCGUGACAGCAAUCUUGAGGAAAAUUGUCUUCCCAGAAAUAACAUCUCACCCUGAAAGUAAACUACGGCUAGAAGGUCAACCUAUGACAUUGUGCUGUGAAGGAAAAUCAAGUACAAAGGCAAAAUUUGAAUGGACGAUUAAUGAUCGUGGAGCAGAUGAAUACCAACAUGAUGAAAUACAAAGCAAUACCACUGAUGAUAGUUGCGAUCCGACACCAUCUCAACACAUAAUUGCACUGCCGCAGGGCUGCACGGCAGGAGAAACAAACUCAGUUACCAUUGACGUAGGUGAUUGUGCGAAAACAAAAUGCAUCGCACGAGGUCUAAAAAAUAUGAACUAUUGUAAAGAUAAAUUCUGCUGCCAGCCCAUUGCUACAAGGAACAUCAAGGUCGUUUGUUCACAGCAUUCGUUUGACAUGAAAAGUGUAACAAAAUGUGGUUGCGGCGAUUGCCCUGUGAAACAAACUGUUGUUAAAGGAGUAGCAAGAGGAGGUCCAGACAAUAAACCUUUUAAAUAUGGAUAUAUUUAUCACGGUGAUAAAUAUUUGGCUCGUACUGGAAGGAAGGGUGAUUUUUCAUUUAAAGUUCCUGGUGAUUUUUCUCGCUUUGCUGUAACGUUUAAGGAUAAACGUAAUUAUAACAAUUUUCAGGAAUUAACAAAAGUAAUUCCGUUGGUCACUGGCCGUGAAACGUAUAUAGAAGUCCGACUGAAGCCUCGGCCUGAACCUAUUAAAGUUGAUGCGAAGAUGGGCUUUGAGAUUUCCCUGGGAAACUCGCAAAAUACCCGUGGAUUAAAUAAGUCAAACGAGGAAAAUGUAGUUGACAAUGACGACGCACAAUUAGAACCUGCUGUAGCAUUUGCUGUCCCUCCCCAAGGCUUGUUGACAGAACAUGGAGAAAUUUAUAACGGGACGGUCAAGGUUGAGGUCAAUUUUGUUGAUCCGAGAAACGUUACAGAAGUGGAAGAAGCCGAUGGAGACUUCACCACGGUGGACGAAGAUGGCGAGGAACAACAACUGGAGACUUUUGGGGUGAUAAAAAUGGAUUUUAAAGAUGAAAACGAUAAGAGUUUGCAACCUACAGGUGACAUUGACAUUUCACUUGAUAUUGAUAAGUAUAACAUUACUGAAAAUGAAGUAGAAAAUAUAAAGCUCUGGUACUUAGACGAGAAGACUGGAAGAUGGCGCAUUUUGGACACAAGUUGGAAAAAGCAUCAAACGAAGCGAUCGAAGAGAUCAGAUAAACAUAUAUCACUAUUUACUACCAAACUUAAUGCUAGAGAAUUUAUUCGCUUUGAUCUAAACUUAGAUAAGGUGGGCGGAGAGAUUUAUUUGAAAGUUAUGGCAGAAGACACCACAAAGAAAGCAGAGUCAGUCCUUAUUACAGUAUUUGUUACGCAAAGUAGAGUGAAUUAUAGAUAUCGAUCGUAUAACAUCGAACCGAAUAAAGCACAUUGUAUAAAAACAUUUCGGACAGAUGAAUUCGCGAAAAUACGGGCUGUCGUUGGUGAUCAAUAUCCACUAACGCCAAAGGAAACAGGUUUGGAUGAGGAUGUUAUAAAGAAACAUCUCAUAAAAAUAAUCUCGGAAGGAUCGCAUGGAUACUUCACAAUGCAAACGUUAAAUAGGCCAUUGAGUAAUAGACCCUCGCCAUUCUAUGAAGAUGAAGCUUCUUGCCUAGAAGGUCCAGAGGAGUAUAGUUUCUUAUUCGAGAUGCCUGUGCGAGAAGAAUUAAAGAAAAUUGAAGACGUUAGACAAAUUGACGAUGAGGACUGGUACACAGAAAAUAAUAAAGGGGUCGUUGUAUGUUACGUACAAAUUGCGGUGGAGAAUAUCAACGAGUGUCCAAAUAAAAUGGCAGCAUUCAAAGUUGAAAAAUUGAAAUCUGUCUUUGAUACCUAUCUUCCAAAAAGGACAAUUAAAAUCCAUCAGUCAGAUCGCCCGGAUGACAAACAAACUUAA